CGUCUGUCCCGCCGGGCACCGAUUGGGCAGCGCCCCGCCCCCUGGGGGGCCGGCGGGCGGGGCGGGGCGCGAUGUCCCGCUGGAGGCGGGCGGCGGGGUCGGGACGGUGCCUCUUCUCCGCACCUCCCGGACAGCGAGACCCAGCCUGCCGGCUUGCUGCCGUCCCGCCAUGGUUCCCAGCUCCGAGCGACUCUUCGACUCCCUGGGACACUUCGGCAGAUUGCAAGCAUGUGUUUAUUUUGCCUCUGUUUUUCAAGCUAUGUCAUGUGGUAUCCAUUACUUAGCAUCUGUGUUCAUGGCUGUUACUCCUAACUUUGUAUGUGGGAUCCCUGGAAAUGUGAGUAAUGUUCUUUUCUACAACUCCUCUGAAUCGAGUAUAGAGGACAUCUGGACACUAUGGACAUCAACAGAAAAUUACAUUGUAGUCCAGCUGGAAAAUGGAGAAAUUUGGGAACUUAAUCAAUGCAGCAGGUCCAAACGAGAAGUCGGGUUGGAUCUGGCAUAUGAAUACAAAGGCAACAAGUCCAUAUAUUCUUGUUCUGAUGGAUUUCUCUAUGAUGAUACAAAAUGGAAGAGCACUGUUGUUACGCAGUGGGAUCUGGUCUGUGACCGAGAAUGGCUUGCAAAACUAAUCCAGCCUACAUUCAUGCUUGGAGUCUUGAUUGGAGCAGUGAUUUUUGGUGACAUUGCUGACAGACUGGGAAGACAGCGUGUUAUAUGGUUCACAAGUGCUGGUCAGUUUUUAUUUGGCAUCGCAGUGGCCUUCACAUAUGACUACUACAGUUUCAUGAUUGUGCGCUUUCUCCUUGCUAUGGUUUCCAGUGGCUAUCUGGUUGUGGCUUUUGUUUAUGUGACUGAAUUUGUUGGCAUUAAAGCACGAACCUGGGCUUCUAUGCAUGUCCAUGCUUUUUUUGCUAUGGGAAUUAUGGUUGUGGCACUCGUGGGAUUUUUGGUUCGGACCUGGUGGGUCUAUCAGAUAUUUCUCUCCGUAGUGACUCUUCCAUUUAUCCUCUGCUGCUGGAUGCUCCCAGAAACACCUUUUUGGCUCCUGUCAGAGAAAAGAUAUGAAGAUGCACAAAAAGUAAUUGAUAUAAUGGCAAGAUGGAAUAAAGUGAGUACUCCUUGCAAAGUUUCUGAACUGUACUCAGUCCAACAAGAUGAUUCAGUAAGAGACAGAACAGGUGACAAUGGCACAUCCUCAAGAAAGAAGCACAAUAUCUUAGACCUGUUUUGUAACUGGCACAUUGCAAGAAGGACCAUCACAGUCUGGCUGAUCUGGUUCACUGGGAGCUUGGGGUACUACGUCUUCUCCCUCAGUUCUGUCAGUCUAGGAGGCAAUGAAUAUUUAAACCUCUUUCUCAUAGGUGCUGUGGAGUUGCCUUGCUAUAUCAUUGCUUGCAUUGGGAUGGACAAACUGGGAAGGAGAAACACACUCAUUCCGUUCCUUAUUUUAAGUGCAUUGAUCUGUGUUUUAAUUAUGUUCAUACCUCAGGAUUUCAGUAUAUUAAUUAUCUUAGCAAAUAUGGCUGGAAAAUUUUCAAUAGGUGUGGCAUUUGGCCUUAUCUAUCUCUACACAGCUGAACUGUACCCAACAAUUGUAAGGUCACUUGCUGUUGGAAGUGGAAGUAUGAUGUGUCGUGUAGGAAGUGUGGUUGCUCCUUUCUGUGUUUAUCUGAGAAGUGUUUGGAUUUUCAUGCCACUUUUGCUUGUUGGGAUCAUGGCUCUCCUGAGUGGAAUAUUAACGAUAAUGCUUCCAGAAACACUGGGAAAACCAUUGACUAAUACUUUGGUGGAAGCAACAGAAAUGGGAAGAAACGGGAAAAGCUGUUCAGGAAAGACUCCUCCAGGACAGAGUGGUGCAACAUUAGAAAAGAUAGAGAUGUUUGGUCAAGAAACAGUCAGCACUGAGAAAUAAAGCAACCCCGAAACAGCUGUUCACAAUUUUAAUCAUUAUAUAAUUUAUAAGAUAUUUUUAUUCAAGAAAUGUGACUGUUCUAUAACAUCUGUGCUUUUUAAUUUGUAUUCAGUCUUACCUUUUCAACAGAGAAAAUAUAGAAAACCUUUUCCACAUGACGAAGGUACUGCAGAAAUUUUGACAGGAUAUCUAGAACCCUUACCAAACUUACCCAGACUUUAGAAAACCUAUCUGACUUGAUAUGACCAGUUGGAAUGAUUACUUUAAAUGUUGGAACCUACCUGAUUACACGUAUGUAAAAAAAUACACCAGUUCUUUGCUUCACAUUUUCCGCAGUUAGAUUUGCAAACUCACCACAAAGUGCCUUGUCCACUCUUGUCCUGUUGCAGCCGACAGCUACAGGCUUGAGACUUCAGAACACAGUAAACUCAGACGGUUAUCAUUCAAGAGAGAAACUUUAACAUUGCGUCAAGUCAUAUCAAUAAUUUCAAAAUUAAACUAAUUUUUUUUUUCCCAAAUUUUCUACUAGAAAAGGUGCCAUUGCUAACAAAGAAAAGUAUUCUGUGGAACAACUUGCAACUGAAAAAAUAAUACUAACUUUGAAAAACGUGCGAAUAGUUUGUAUACUAUUCAUUCUGGCAAAUGUAUUUUUAUUAGUGGUUUAGAAAAAAAUUGUUCACUGGAUCUACUGCUGGCUUAGUGAGUUCUUUUUAGUUUAGUUAAAACUAAAAUGUCUGAUGCCUUUGAAAGCCAUAUUCAUUCCAGACCAUUAUUUCAGUGCUUCCCCUCUCACUUAUUUCAGCUCCAAUCUAGCAUCAGAUUCCUCAUCACUUUCAAGAUCUACACCUUUGCCAAAUACCUCCAUCAAGAUCUCUCAGUCCUUGGUGGAAAAGAAUAAACAACAUAUGGGUCUUAGGCUCUUUUCACAGAGGUGGACUUAGUUAUUGAUGAAUGAUUAGUAGACACAGUAUCUACAUGCCAUUUUUCUCAUAGACCACAUGUCUGUAGCUCAUUUUCUCUUUGUACCGCACAAAAUCAGUUAGAAAAAUAAAAUUUAAAAAUUAUCAGUAGAAGAGUUACCAGUUACUCUAGUAGUUUUAGUCGGUGUCUGUAAAUAUCCCACUAUCGUUACACCUUGUGUGUGCAUCAAUGCUUUUUGCUGGUGCAGUGAUCGUGCCUUAUGACUGUGGACCACAGAAAACUGGUAGACAGGAAUGCAUCAUUCUGGCUGCUAUUUUUAUGCCUUUCUGUCCCACCUUCCCUUUUUCAGUCUACCUCCAGCCCUGGGAGUUUUUAACCUGUCUGAAGAUCUGUACCUUCUUCUCUCAGCUACCCUUGGUUUGAGGGGAGCAGCACAUGAAGCUUCUGUAUUGGGGUUCAGACAGCCCUCUCUUGCCUGGGCUGUGUCAACCCUGUCAUCCCUGGUUUGAAAUCAGAGUUCUUCGCAUCUUAGGCUCUUACUCUCCUACUAGCUGGUACAAUCUCAUCAAAACAAGUCUUCCCUUGUUUACUUCUUUGCCAUGUACCCCAAAAUAAGACAUCUAUAUUACUGUAGAUAAAUACUCUAUAUACUGUACAGUUUAAUCGUCACAUUUUUCAAUUAUAUCUGCACAGUCGCAUUAGUUUCAAUGACUUCUGAAACCAGAAUAACGGUUUAUAUCCCCUAAAAAGAUUUUUUUUCUUCACUCCACUCUCCUAGAGUGUCAAGUAACAUUUUAGUCCUGGUAUUAAGAUAAAAUCAUAUCCUAUAUGAGGACUAACAUGCUUCAAAGCCAAGCAAAAAAUUGGUAAGUUUAAGUUCAGGGAGUUUCUGUGUCAUAAUUACAUGGAAAGCAGCGAGGGAUCUUUAUGGUCCCUUCAAUUCCGUGGGCGUUCCAGUAUUUGCAGAGAAAAACUCUGAAUAGAACUACAUAGAACACCAUGCCUUCUGUCCAGAUGUAUUAGUUCAGCAAAAGCAUGUGCUUAACCUUACCCGCCUGAGUAAUCCCACCGUUAUUCAGAGGAUGACUUGAGUAUGUACUUUGAUGACUGAAGACAGGAUUACUCACAUGGCGUGGCUUUUUAUUUUGCUGAAGAGCAGACCUGGUAUUCUUCCACUGCUUUCAGAUCCCCCUCCACUUUCCAGAGCAGAACAGCUCUCCUUAUCUGCAGGAUCUGUUGCCAAACUCCGCAUGCCCUGACUUAAACAGGGGUUUAACCAUGCUAAAAAAGAAAACAUCAUGCAGUAGACCUAACAAGGAAUUGACCUGGUACUGGUUGACAUUGCAACUACCUUCCCCCCCAAAAGAACUUCAGAUAAUUGCUUUAUUUUGGGGUUCUUUCAAACCCAUACUCCCUCUUUUAUUAGUACAAGGUCCUAUCAAACUUCUUAGUCUUGAGUGCUGGGACAGAACGGUCUUAUUUCUAACAAGGUACUAAACAACAAUUAAAAUUAAUUUUUCUGCUUCCUUACCUGCUGAAUAACUGACAUUAGGAGUUUCCCUGCUAAGAACAGUCAAUGAAUGUCAUGUGUUCCUUUGACUUGAGGGAUUCAGGACCUGUAAUAGGUAUACAUAAGGUAAAUAAAAAGCAAAGUAAAAAAACAAACUUAAAUGCACAAUGCUAGUAAGCAAUCCUUACAGACUAAAACAUAAAGACUUUUCUAAAACACAAUGUAGCUUAAUGGCUUUUAAUCCUGAAAGCCAGCUCCUUCUGUUACUGAAGUCAGUUGAUGUUUGGUCUUUGAUUCAAGUGAGACAUGAAUUUCCCUGAACUAAUGAUGUUACUUUUUCCCCGGAAAUAAAAAGUUUGUUGAUCUACAGGUGCACUUUUCAUUAUUUUAUGCAUUAAUAGCUUAGAAGAUGCCUUCGGAUAUCCUAUUCUUUAACCUGAGGAGGGUUAUUGCUGUAAAAAAAUGUCUCUCGCAUUUCUGUUUGCUUGUUUUUUCCAUAUGGACAAAAAUAUGUUUAACACUAGUCAUGCGUUAUAAACAUAGCAUAGACAGGCUGAGUUGAUUUCCUUCUCUUAAAUAUUCAUAGUUUAUCUAAAAUCCUCUUGCAAGAGAGCAUUGAGUUUGAGAACAAAUGCUUCUGUUCCUGUGGGGCAUGUUUUCUUUUUGUUGCUCAUAUAAAGAAUUCCUUUUUAUAGUUUCUUAUCUGAGUCUUUAAGGUCUUUUAUGUUUGUAUUUUUCAUCUCUAUCUUAGUGCAAAUUUAUUUUUGGAACUACGUAAUAGUUUUAUGAGAUACUGGGUUAGAAUUCUCAUCUGUCUUAAUUGCUGGUCACUAUUGCACAAUGACGAAUGUUUUUAUUCUAAAUUUGAUAUCAUAUUCUGUUUGACUGUCUUGUAGUUGCUGAAGAAAUACUUUCUGGGUUAAAUAUAGGAAUGAGAGCAAUUAUCAUUAGUUUAAUGAUAACUGAGAAAAAAUGGUAAGUAAAUGUCUUUGAUACUUUGAAUUUAUGUUUUAAAACAGAUGUUCUUUCUAUUUUAGUAACUCACUUCAAUUUCUUUGUCCAAAUUUCUAUAGUUUAAACAUCUCUGUAGAAAAAAAAAAAGCUAUCCAAACUAUGUGUGCUCUGUGUCAAAUGCUUUGGGUGAUACCCUGAAUGUCUAAACAAGGGAAUUAAUCCUGCCUGAGGGCUGAGGGCUUUUUUGCAACAGCUCUGGGGAAACAGAAGAUAGUCUGGCAUCCCAGCUCUAGGAUGGAGGAACCUGGCAUUCUCCUGUAACUUUCACAGCUUAUUUUUACCAACUCCUUACAUGUAGUCACUUGGGAAGCCUCCAUAGCACUGGGCUCAGCAACAUGCAAGGCCUGCAAAUGCCUCUUGCAAGGACUUACAAAAUGCAAGGUCACUUGUGCUGUGAGGGCAUGAUACCAGCAAGGUAUUUGUGGCUGCAGAAAGGAGAUCCUGUAUCCUUGUGCAAACAUAUCUUAAAGAUGCUUGUCUGAAUCCCACACCAGAAUCACAGGGUAGAAAUUAAACUCAGAGAUUAAGAAAAAAAACUAUGAAUGUUAACACAGAAAGUUCUAGUAAAUGCAGUUGAGCAGUGUCUGCAUUGUUACAUCUCUCAUGAAGAAGGUUAAAGCACAUCUAAGUACUGGCAACCUAAUAAUUUUGUACACGAUUCUGAUGGAAUGUGCAUUUUGGUAACAUGCGAGAAGUAGAUACUCAUCGGAAGGAGUUUGCCUAGAAUAUGUGGGUUUAGUACAAUCUAUGUUCAUGGUGGUUCUUAAUUUAUAUUUAUUAUCUGCAAUUAUGUGCAAGAAUAAAGUCAAACACAUGUUAUUUAA